UUUGUGCUCUAAAGAAAUGCUAAAGAUCAUGCAUUCGUCACAACUGACCUCAUUAGAAAACCACAGCGAAAGCAUGUUGACUUCCCUUUUCUGCAUAUCAGAAAAAAAAUCUCAUCCGUAUUCGAUGGCACAUUGUUCUUUAUUAAAGUAACCGUUUUAACUACAUAAUAAGCUUUAAAAAUUAUACUACAUAUUGGAAAGUAAUUAUACUUAACUGGAUAAUACAGCCCCUCAUAUUUUGCACUUGUAAUGAUUCGGGUUGACUGCGUUCUCUAGACUUUGUUUCCAGAAAGAAAAAUGUAUAUUUUACUUUUUUGUAUUAUCAUUUUUGCCAAAAUCACCGUAACUACAAAUCUUCGCAUACUGGAGCAGCAAAACUGUACGCAGGAGGGUCUGAGGUGCAGCGUAAAUAUAACUCGAAGUAACUGUUUGGAUGAGUACUGGAAGAUGCCGAGGUGGUUUACCCCCACUGAACCAGUGUGGCUGUGCAAGGCCAGUGCGAGAUGGGAUGAGAUGGGCCAUCUUGUGCCGGUGCUGAUGGUGGAGUGGAAGGCAAGGAGAGAUGGGAGUAUAACUGCCUUAAAGGGAGCAGAAGUGCAAGUCACAGAGGCAGAUAGCGGUCAGAGAGUUUGCAUCCAGUAUGUCUUCCAUGACCAAAUAAAAAGGAUGGUCAACCCUCAUGGAGAGUCGUGGUCGUUCUCAGUGGAUAGAGUGGCAGUCCUGCCAGGACGGACAUACACUGUCUCUGUGUCACACCUCCCAAAGCCAGAUGUAGGGUAUGUGGAGGAAAAUCGGAUAUGUACUGUCCCAGGCUGCAGAGAUCCCACAUUGCAAGAAACUAAAGUGUGUGUGGACAGCGGCAGUCUAUGGAACCCCAACAUUACCUGGGAUAUAUCAGCUUCCCCACAAUUUACAGCUGUGGUCAGCGUGGCUUUCAGUGCUGGGGAGUUCUGUGACAAGUACCGGGUGUCAAUCCACUACUUGGGUGUUAAUCAGUCCCGGACUGUCUGGAAGCAGGAAAACCAGCCUUCCAUGAAUGUGAGCUUCUCUGUGGGUCCAUGGCGUGGGCCCUGCUGUGAGGUCAUAGCGAUACACUUGGUGCCUGCAUGUGUUUCUGACUUGAACUCCAUCCCCAUUCCAAUGUCUUUCCUGUCCAAAGAUAUUAAUUACUGCUUUCAGCCUCUUUUGCCUCUCCAGGAAGAUCAGCUGGGCAAAUGCAUUGGUCCUGAUGUCACUGAAUUUAGUCUCGGCCAUAGUCUGACCACUCUGAUCUUUGGACUAACCUUGAUUUGCGUGCUCCUUGCUUUACUACGCAAAAAUCGGCAGAAAGCUCCCUACUUGGAGGAAAACAGCUUAGAAGAUUCAGGCCACUACUCCUCAGUUCCAGCAGAGCCCUGCCGGUACUCUGAAGUGAAAAACAAAAGAAAAGUGCUUGUCAUCUACUCUCUGGACCACACCCUGUACAAAGACAUUGUGCUCAAGCUGAGUGCCUUUCUGAGGGCUAAGUGUGGUACCGAUGUGGUUCUGGACAUGCUGGACACAGCAGAGCUGGGCACAGUGGGCCGCAUGCAGUGGCUAGACUCUCAGAAGCAGCAGAUGGAGAAGUCUUCCGACAAGAUCCUCAUCCUGUGCUCACAGGGAGUGCAAGCCAAGUGGAACGCCAUGUGUGGUGGGAGAAGGGUGAUGUUGAAAGAGGAUGUGCGCUCUCCCAACGGGGACAUGCUCACUCCCGCUUUCAGCCUCAUCAUACCAGAUUUGCUGCAUCCGGAUGCAAUUGGGAAGUACAUAGUGGCUUACUUUGACGACAUCUCUUCCGAGGAUGAUGUUCCCUCACCCUUCAACAUCACCGUCAAGUACAAGCUAAUGAAGCACUUUGAAGAGCUCUACUUCCGAAUCCUGGACAAAGAGAAAUAUGAGCCCGGGAAGGUGAAUCGCAUCGAAGGCAUAGCUCAGGAUGAAUACUUCAGUUGUCCCUCGGGAAGAGCCUUGAGGGACGCCAUUGAGGCAUUCCAAGCCUACCAGCUUGAGCACCCCGACUGGUUUGAGAUGGAGUGCGUGGAUAGUGAGGAAGAUGCUUUAGAUACAGACCUGCAGUGCCCUCUUCUUGUAGAGACGCAAAAUAGCUCCGUCUUACAGUGUGUGCCAGACUGUAAGGAAGGGCCUCCUGUCUUUUUCAACACGGUUGAUGUGAAUGAGGAGUCUGGGAGCAUUUUUCAACUGACUCCCCUGAUAGAGAAUGGAAAAGGAAAUGUAUUCUCUCAACAUGUUGAUCCAGUUGCUAACUCAGCGGGGAACCAGGUAUGGUCUGCAUACUCAGCCGCUCAACUGGAUGACAGCAGUGUGCAUCCCAUGCCCUCAGCUGUUCAGCCACAGCAAAGUCAGGUAUAUUCUGUAAAAUCGGCUGGUCAGGUAGAGAAAAGCCCGCUAUGCUCUGUAUACGCAGCUGUAGAAGAUAUUCAGAGGCUCUAUACAGGUUCCAUUCAUCCCACAUUGUGUAGUAAUGUAGCCAUGCAGGAGCUCGCUCCCCCAGCACUGACUUGGGAUCAGGAGAUACGUGAAACAGAACAUCUCCACGUGGAGGACCACGAAGGUGAGCUGGUCUCCCGUUGCCUCUCAGCAGAUGUACGACAGAAGCUGAUGGCUCUUCAGCAGUCAUUAUUAGGGUCUAGGACUUCUCAGGUUCCCUCUUCUGUGGAGGAAAAAUUUCCAUAUGGACAGGAGGCAGCAGGUGACUAUGCUUGGAAUAAGUCUCCGAGUGGCUCAGAUCAGGGCUACAUCUCCAGGACCUCCCCCCAGCAGGACUCUCCUCUCAGGGGGGACUUACGGGACCACCUGGGUGCUCUCUCCAGGCUGCAGGACACCAAUUUGUCUCAUAGCAUCAAGCCCCUAAGUCACCCUGAUGGGUCUCUGGGUAACUCAGGAGAUCAUAAGAGAUAAUAAUGAAGUAAAUGAACAAAAUAAUGGUCCAGAACGGACCUUACAUUCCUGCAUGGAACGUUAACUCGUGUGUGAAGUACACCCAUGUAAAAUGGACCCUAUAGUGCACAGUGAGCCGCGAGCAACAACCAAACAACCAAAACAUCGAUUGCAACCAUCUUUGUAUAUAAGUGAGCCAGAUUGUGGACAAGUGUAAUGGCAAGAUCAGUAUAGAAUGUAUUUUCUGUGCUUCUUGGAUUUUAGGUUUAAUGUUUUUGUUAAAAAAAGAGACAAAGUAUUAAUUUUCUGGUGUCCAAUGUGUAUGUACUGUAUAUGCAGUGGGGGGAAAAAUACUGUACAUUACUUGACUCUGAAUGUCAGUUGCAGUAUUUGAUUAUUGAUAUUUGAAGGUGUGCUGUAAAUAUACAAUAUACAAACU